AUGUCUAAAAAAGGUUUGAUGGAGCAGGACUUAAGCAAGCUGGAUGUGACAAAACUACAUCCACUCUCGCCUAAGGUUAUAGGGGAUUCUUAUAGUUUGGGAGUAGUGCUGCUUGAGUUAGCUACUGGGCAGAAACCUCUUGGUGUGAGUACUGCAGAUGAAGGAUUUAAGGGUAAUUUAGUCGACAGGGUAAUUAUGCUCUCUAAUUUCGGUCGAAUUAAAGAUGGUAUCGAUAAGCGCCUAUACAGAAAGGGGCAUGAUGAGGAAAUUGUAAGGGAGACGAAAUUCAUGGAGAAAACAUCAUCACAACUGAAGGCAAAAACCUGGCCCUGA